AUGCUUAAGACAAAAUUUGGCAUAGCAUACCAGAGAGUUAACAAGCAUUUAUUACGACCGUUUACAUGGAGUGCUCCCACCAGAGACCUUUUUGGAGGCACAAAAAAUUUGAAUAAAGUGAAGUUCGAGCCACCGUCAGGUAAGGGAGAGACGUCGGCAAAUCCUGUUGAUUUAUUAAAAAAAAAUGACAUACUUAUGUUUUCCACUAAGCCGGUCAACUAUAUUGAAAGUGUUAAACAUAACGGAUAUCAUUUGGCUAACAGAAUAUUAAUUCGUAGCCCAGAUAAAGAUGGUAAUAUCAUUGGUGCAUUACUUAUAGACUCCGAGAGCUUCGAAGUGAACUUAACUGCAGGGUUCAAGUUAAUCAAUCGGUUUAUUAUUGAGUUCAACGAGGAGGAAAUUUUGCUGAUAUUUAGGAAAGUGCAUCCCAAGCCCGAGAUUUUAGUGGUGGGACUAGGUAAACAGUCUAGGAUGCUCUCUGAAUCGAACCGAAGAUUUAUCUCAAAAAUGGGAAUUCAAAUUGAAGCCAGUGAUUCCAACAAUGCAGCUCAAAUUUUUGAUCUUCUAUCUACAGAAAGACCUGGAGUUAUUGCAGCAUUACUAUUACCUCCCAAUGUAUAG